AUCGUUAUUACCAGCAGUUGGAUUCCACAUUUACAGUACACCUGUCGAACGCCUGUCGUGGUUAGUUGCGAUUAUUCAAGAACGUUGAAGUAUUUCACUUCGACUAGAGCUGCGUGAUGACUACUCGAUCAACUGUACUGAUUCUCAUUUUUGCCAUAUCCACCUGCUCAAGUAAUACGGAUUAUUGUGACCCGGCCAUUUGUAAAAAUGUUAAAGCACAACAUGUUGCAUGUAAUGCACCACAGAAAUUCGGAACUCCCUGUGGUAAAGAUGCAAAGUACAUAACGAUGGAUAACAAGCUGAAAACUAUCAUUCUGAACAAACAUAACGAGUUGCGUGCGGAAAUUGCCCGAGGAAUGUACGGUUUUCCACAAGCUGCCCGAAUGCCUACCCUCGCCUGGCACGAUGAGCUGGCAAAGGUUUCAACGUACAACGCACGAAAUUGUACCUUGGAACAUGAUAAGUGCCGAAAUACCAAAGAGUUUAGGUAUGCGGGACAGAAUUUGGGAAUAAUUUGGUAUCGCAGGUAUAAAUACCAGCCGGAGGAUCGCGUGACAGAUUUUAUUCAACAGUGGUUCGACGAACACAAGGACUGUCCCAAGUCGUAUAUCGACAAAUUUCCGGCCAAGCACGACGGGCCACUGAUCGGUCAUUUCACGCAGAUGGUCAACGAUCGCGUUACGAUGGUCGGUUGCUCUCUCGUACAUUACGUUACCUAUCCGAACGGUGAGGAAACACUCAACUAUUACUUCGUUUGCAAUUAUUCGAUGGCAAACGUCAUAGGAGGACGUGUCUACACUAAGGGAACCACAGGAUCUAACUGUAAAACCGGUCAAAAUCCGAACUUUAAAGGUCUGUGUAGUUCGAAGGAAAAGGUAGAACCGAAACCAUAAGAUCUUUAGAAGUUCUGUGAAACAGUUUACUAAUACAAACCUAUUGAAGCAUAAAAAAGAUG